GAAAGCCCUUCUCUCGUAACUAUGACGACGUCUAUAAAAGAUAUAGUAAAUAGCUUCAAUAAAGCCCAACAGGAGGGAAAUAACAAUAAUACGAAUACAAACACAUCUGAUGAACCAACUACCUCAUCUUUGACGUCUCAAACAGCGUCAAAUAACAUGCCUUUUUUGGAAUUCGCUAAGAAGUUUAAAAGCCUAGCACACAAUGGCUUAACAGAGGAUGAUAUAGCUUUCUUACAGACGUCACUUAAUAUGGAUCUUCAUAGAGGCAUAGGAAUGUUUAUCACGACAAUACACAACCAGCACACACUGAACUGGGUUAAAGCUUUAUCUGAAUCUAGUGCCAAGGAGCCCACAGGUGCUGGAACUACAGCAGCCACGACUUCUGCCACUACAUCCGCAUCAACGUCAUCCAGUCAACCUUCUCAACAUGAUAUCCAACUCAGAAUACUGAAUCAAUACCAACAAUCACUAUUUUAUGCAUUCAAUACAUCAAUAGAACAUUUGCAUGCUUUCGAUGAAAAGACGGCCGAAUUAGCUGAGCAUAUCCUUAUAUUCUCUGAAAUACUCAAAAAAGAGAAAACGUCUUUACAUCCACUCAAACAUCUUCUUACAGUCUUUACGAAUGGAAAUACAAAUGAGUUGACACCAUUGCAUAAGCUCUUCGUUAAAGCAUGUAUCACGUCAAACUUACCUAGUUAUGCUCUACCCGUGAUAGAGAGAGGCAUUAACGAGCUAGCUAUUUCAUAUUCGCAUCUUACGGCCAACGACAAUCUGCAUUACUUUACCGGAAGUGCAACGCUUUUUAUCAUGUUAGAAAGAUAUGAGGAUGCUUUAGAUGUACUUGAGCAGAUUGUAACAUUACCAAUAACAACAUUGGCAGUUAACCCAAUGAUUUUGAGGGCUUACAAGCAACUAAUUCUGCUCCAAUUGAUCGUAAAUGGACAAUUAUCUCCAUUACCUAAGUACACAUCAGGAAAUCUCAACAAAUCUCUCAAGAAGCACGCAAGCGGCUAUCAUUCAUUAGUUGAAAUUGGAGCCAAAGCUACUGAACAACCAAACUCAUUCAACAAUGUCGAACAGACUCUCAACCAUACGAUGGAAGUGCUGAGAAAGGAGAGGGCAAGCUUCACGAAGGACAAUCUAUUAGAUUUGGCUCUCAAAGCCGAAGAUAGCGUCUUUGCAGCCCAAAUAAGCGCAUAUUCAAUGAUAUAUACAGCAAUGCCAAUCUCAGAUCUCGCUAAUGUGCUUGGUAUCUCUUCUGAUCACAAUGACCAGCUCAUCAACAAGCUGGGAGAAUACAUUCAUAAUGGUGCAGUAAACGCGCAGUUGAAUCUCGUCGAAAAUGUAAUAGAAUUUGCUAGCAAAGGAGAAAAAGGUAAAAGUGAAGAAGAGUUAAUGAUUGAUCUCGAAAAUGCUAUCAAGGGUUCACUUAGUCUUCGCAGCAAUAUGCAAGAGCUUGAUAGAAAACUGACACUCAACCCUGCUUAUGUUAAGCACCACAUACAAAAAUCAGAACGUAAGAAGAAAGAAACUAAAGAUGAGCAACAUAGUGAUACACCAGCUGAUGAGAUGGAUGGUAUGGACAUGAGUGAUGGAGAAUAGAAAUCUAUUUACUUUGUACAAUGCUACUCGUAUAGUUAUUAAAAAUACAA